UGCUUCCUGGAUCGUGUGCGGGGCUGGAGGCUUCCCCCACCCCCUCUCCCUUCACCGCAGCAUCGGUGCUCGGGACCGCUGCCCCAAACGAAGCACCCCAGACACUCCGCUCUGCAGCCAGGACCACAACUUGCCGCCGUAAAGAUACGGGGAUAACAUUUUAAAGAGUCUUUCAUUCUCGCGGCACCCGUUCCUUAUAAGGGACAAUGUCCAAAGAAACGUUCCCGGUUGCCAUAAAGCCGGAGCCCGCUGCCACCGCCGCCGACGGGGCCCGCGGACUGCUCGGCCAAUCGCUCCUGAUCUUCUCUUCACCGGCAAGCGGCCGGGCCGAGGAGGCAGAGCGGGCGGGCGCCGAGGCUGCACGCAGGGUGCUGCUGUUCGCUGCUACUCCCCAGGGUCCCGGGUCGUCCGAAUGGGGACAGCGGCCGCCCCUGGGUCGCCCACCGGUGAAAAGGAAGCUGGAUCUAGAGAGUGAUCAUCAAUAUCUAGCCGUGGAGGUGGAUGCGGUGAAAGGGAAGGGCAAGACUUCUGGUAGAGGCCUGAAGUCGCCAGUGGAGAAGACGCGGUACGACACCUCCCUCAGCCUGAUCACCAAGCGCUUCAUCCAGUUGCUGGGGCAGUCUCCCGACGGCGUGCUGGACCUGAACUGGGCAGCGCAGGUCCUCGAAGUGCAGAAGCGCAGGAUCUACGACAUCACCAACGUGCUGGAGGGCAUCAAACUCAUCACCAAGAAAUCUAAGAACCACAUUCAGUGGCUGGGAGGGAGCCAGUUCCUGGAUGGUGACAUGUCUGCCCGGUACCAGGCUCUGGUGAAGGAAUUAGCUGAGCUGGAUGACAGCGAUCGCAAGCUGGAGGAGCUGAUCCAGAGCUGCACUCUACAGCUGAAGCUACUGACCGAGGAUACGGAGAGCCAGAGGUUUGCUUAUGUAACCUGCCAAGACUUGCGCAGCAUUGAGGACUUGUCUGAGGAGAUGGUGAUGGUGAUUAAAGCUCCUGCCGAUACGAAGCUGCAAGUGACUGAUCCCAGUGAGGCACUGCAGAUUUCAUUGCAAAGCAGCAAGGGCCCAGUGGAUGUGUUCCUCUGUCCUGAGAGCAGCUCGGGCUCCUGUAGUCCCGUGAAGUCACUCGGCAGCCCUGUGAAAGUCAGCCCCAUCAAGACGGGAAGCUUCUGCAAGCUCACCCACCAGGAAACACCAGGAAGCACUUCCCAGGGCACGACCCUCUUGUCACCUUCCUGUCAAGACCAAGAGACGCACCUUGACACUUCACCUCCGUCAUUGGUGGACAUUAACCUCUCACCUUUGACCUCCGCUGCCUCCCUCCUGCAGCAGCCUGAAGACAUCCUUCCCUCCAUCCCGUUUGACGACACGUUCAUCAACCUCUCUCCCCCGCUGCUUCAGGACUACCACUUCGGGUUGGACGAGGGCGAGGGUAUCAGCGAGUUGUUUGACUGCAACUUCGACACUUUGCAAACUUUGGAGUUCUGAGUGAGAGGUUGCUGAAGUCCGGUUCUGUGUUGCCCCUGUGCUUGGAGUGUUUGCCACUGCCUCCCCUCCUCCCCCACCCCCUCGAUCGAUCCAGGCUGCAGGUAGAUUUCUCGAGGAUGACCAUAUCUUGUUCAGGUUCCUGUGGAGGCAUUUGGAGACAUGGGCGGUUAUUCCAGCUGGUGUUCAGACGUCCCCUGCGUACAAGGGAGGCGAUUCCCUUUUGCUUCCCCCAUCUGUGGGGAAUAUUUUGUGCACUUAUGUCUGCUUUCCUCUCCCUUCCACAGUGCUUCGGCCCCAACCCCACAUAGACUAACACAGCACUGCCGCUGUAGCACCUUCAGUCCGCAGCAGGAGUACCUCGUGCUCUGGCUGUAUCACGGUAAGCACAGACCCCUGACGGGCAAGCAC